CUUUUGUUUACAUAGUACAACCUUAUAAAAAUGGGUAUGUAAGACUUUAAGACAUCGUCUGCAAAUACUUGAUCGCAAUUCAUAAUGGAAUUAAGUAGAUACGAAAAAGAUACGAUUAUUUGUCUGAAGUUUUUACAGCUGUUCUUUCGAUUGAAAAAUGUGUUUAACAUCUUUUUCGCUAUGUCAUUUCCUGUACCAUUUCACAGUCAAAGUCAAUCUAAAAUUGAACUUAUAAAAAAAAUGAAUGCAGUUUCACCUCUUCACGAAAUUAACGAGCAGCUGAAUUUCUGGAUCAAAGAAUUGGAAACAAAUGGGUUAGUUCAUUUUGGAUGGACCAAAGCAAAGGACAUGUUUGAGUUUUCCAUGUCUUCUAUAAAUUUCCUAAUACUAUUCUCACAAAAGCCAAUAUUUCAAAGUUAUUCAAUCCAUCAGGAAGUACUCAGGGAACAGUUGCUCCAUGAACUGGAGAGCUGCAAGAAAACAUUCUUUAAAAUAAAAAGAGAAGCAAAUUCGUUCUUUUGUUUGCAACUUACUUUUUCAAGCUUCAUGUUUAACCAGAUUCAAUACUUUCAGGAGACAUGCCAGAACAUUAUACCCAGUUUCCAGACCUUUUUUUGCAAUGUAUGCACUUCUCUUGUGUCAUACUUUGGAAAAAAGGAGUAUCCCAAGUUUCAAAUGAAUAAUUUAACCCUCCAGUUAUACAAAAACAUUAAACCGGUGGACGUAAUCUCUAAAGAACCUUCCCAAAAAGCAGUUGAUAAACAGGUACCUGAAAUUUUAAAAGAGAAAUUUUCUAAAGAAAAUGAUUCUCCCUCUGAAGACAAAAAAUUUGAGGAACAGGAAACGUCUUCACAGUCAUUUUCGGGGUCUGCUACUGAAAGCAGUAGCAACGACUUAACGGAUGCUUCCAACAGCGAAUCCUCACUUUCUUCUAUUACAUGCAGUGAUUUUGCUGAGCCAUUCAAGACUAUUAAUGAAAAAGUAAUUCAGGAACAGCCCAAUCGUACCUACGAUUAUGAGUUGGAUAAAGAUGAUCCAUCGAAAUUUCAGCUCGGGAAAGAAGUUCUUGAAUUUGAAAGAUAUAAUAUCGAACUACUCCAAUUUCAAAUUGCUAUUGGAAGUUUACAGACGGUUCAUUAUGAAUUCCAAGAUACUUUAAAAAAAAUGCAACUCUUAGACUCAACGGAAGGUACGGAUUGCAAAACGAACUAUCCAUCGUUUACUUACCAGCACUGAGCACCUAAAAACUUAGAUGUAAUUGUAAGCUUUAUGAAACUGUUUGCUUAUGAAUAAAUAUCUU